AUUAUUUUUUUAAUCCACUUUUAUGAGAAUAACCACUAACUAGCUGAAAAGCAGACUUGAGGGCAAGCUUUUGAGAAACCAGAGUCUGCUCUUCAUGUUGGUGACCAGGGCAGGUGAUGUCCUAAACCUCAGCUGGUGUUUACUCCACUUUCCAAUACCUGUAGGCUUUGUCUUGGGAGUGUUCACCACAUUAAACCGCCAAGCACUUAGAAAUACUGCCCCUUCCCUGAACAUGUAUCUAACUGGUUGUUUAUUAACCAUAAGCUUUCACAAAAUAUCCUUGGAAUCAAACUCUUUAGGAGUAAGGUCCAAUAACUUUGCUUUUAUGAUAUAUAAAUUAUUCUGAUAUGCCCCACAGAGUAAGAACUGCUGGUAUAGAUGAAAUUUAAGUCAACAUUUCUGAAUGUGGCCCAAGGAUCACUGGUUUCAGAGAAUCAUUUAGGUGACAGAUCCAAGACUCUGCAGAAGAGAUCCACUCACACAAUCUUGUCUUCAUUAACAUUCAGGAUAUCUUUCUCCUUAACUGUGUCCUGGUUUUGAAAAAGGCAGUUGUUUGUGGGUGUUUUGACAUGUCUGAGUUGUGUUUUAGUAGAGACCACAAAAAUGAAGGUUUAGUCGGUUCCAUCAUGACUAGCACAGAAGGAAAGGGUGGAGUAUGGGGGUGGGUAGCCUGUAACCACUGAAAGGAAGGACUUCUAAUAUCUGUUGGUGAUUUCCUAUCUCAAUCUCCAGCUUUGGAGAAAAGACAGAAAUCCAUCCAGGGAGUGUGUUUGGGUAAAAGGAAGGUAAAUAGCAGAAGUAAAAAGUGGUCAAGCAUGCCUGUAACUCCAAAGGAAGGUCACAAGUUCAAGGCCAGGCUGUGUAGAGAAGGUGCUCUCAUGCAUUUCCUCUCUCCCUCCAUAUAUAUGUACACACACACACACACAUAAGAACAUACAUAUACUUUAUAUGUAUAUGUAUAUCAUACAUACACAAACAUUAACAAAAGACACUUCGAUGGUACUUUAGGGAAAGAGAAACUUUUAUAUAGACAGCUGUAGACCGUGUUGGCAGAGAAAAGAAACUUUUGAUAUAGGGGUGGUCUGGUAGUGGAGAUGUUAGAGUUUAGACACGCAGAAAUGUGGCAUGCUCAAGGAACAGUGACGUUGAACGCAGUGGACAAAGGACCAGGCACCGUGCUGGAGAACGAGGGUGGGCCAAUGAAGAGUCUCUGUAUCAAGAAGUAGCUUGGAGAAACCCGGAGUAUGCACAUAUCACCCCAAUCCUUAGUAUUGGGACGUGUAACGCCAGGGCACUCAGUUCAAGUGUCUUCCUUGGCUGCAUAGCAAGUUCCAGGCCAGCCUGGGAAAUGUGAGAUCCCAUCUCACAAAAGGUGGAGAGGAGCCCAGUCAUGGUGGCAAAGGCAGGCAAAUCCUGAGGCCAGCCUUUUGUACUUUGCAAGUUCGAGGACAACCAGGACUGAAUCGAGAGACCCUGUCUCAGAAAAAUAAAAAUAAAAUAGGUGGCAGGCUGGAGAUAUGGCUCAGUGGAUAAAGCGUUUUCUGUGCAAGUGUAAAGACCUGGGUUUGAAUCCCUAGAACUCACCGGGCUCAACCGAAGUCAUUUGUAAUCCUAAUGCUCUUAGGGCAAGAUGGAGAGGCAGGACAAUCUCCCUAAAUUCACAGGCCAGCCACUCUGUCAUACACAAAAGCAAAGACCCUGUCUCAAGUGAAAAGCAAGGAAGACACCCAAGGCCACACACACACACACACACACACACACACACACACACACACACACACUCACUCACAGGAAUCCAGUAGAAAUGGAAACAGGCCAACAGGUUUGGACAUAAAGUGACUUGGUACACCUGAUGAGAAAUGUUUUCCAGCAGAAAGGCAGAAACCAUAUAAAAGCAUGUAGGCGUGAGUUUAGAUGAACUUAGCGGAAUCGUGUGGUCUUGAAAGAGGAGCGAGAUGCAUGUGGUCCCUGGUUUAAUUCUGUUUAAAAUGUGAUGUUUGAGCAUACUUGUGAGAAGAUCAGUGGAGAGGUAGAGGAGGAGACACCUGAAGGGAAGUUCGGACGAUACGAAGAGAAGCAAAGCACAUAGUAGGUGUUUUGUGUGCGUGCCUUGACGUUCGCUUUAUAAUGUGGGUAACGACGCAAAUUCUCCUUCCAGAGGUUUGUCUCUAUCCGAUGAUGUUUGCCUCGCUUCCUUCUACGCUGGGGUGACCAACCUUGUCCCUACUCUGAAUCCGCCCGGGACUCCGGAGCAUCGUUGCUGAGUUAACGAAAAAAAGGUGUUUGUUCAUGAGCCAGCCAUGCCUGAUGCCUCAGAACCUGACUUCCAAACAGCACAAGGUGCGACGCUGUGCGUCAAUCCCGACGCUACCUUAAGUCGCUCUCACUGAAAUGGAAAAGUAUGAAAAACUGGCUAAGAUUGGAGAAGGGUCUUACGGGGUUGUCUUCAAGUGCAGAAACAAGUCGUCUGGACAAGUGGUAGCUAUCAAAAAAUUCGUGGAAUCCGAAGACGAUCCUGUUGUUAAGAAAAUAGCUCUGCGAGAAAUACGGAUGCUGAAGCAGUUGAAACACCCAAACCUUGUGAACCUCAUCGAGGUGUUCAGAAGAAAGAGAAAGAUGCACCUGGUUUUCGAGUACUGUGACCACACGCUGUUACACGAGCUGGAGAGAAACCCGAACGGCGUUCCUGAUGGCGUCAUCAAAAGCGUGCUGUGGCAAACCCUGGAAGCCCUUAACUUCUGCCACAAGCAUAACUGUAUUCAUCGGGACGUAAAACCCGAAAACAUCCUAAUCACCAAGCAAGGAAUGAUCAAGAUUUGUGACUUUGGAUUCGCACGAAUUCUGAUUCCAGGAGACGCCUACACGGACUACGUUGCCACCAGGUGGUACCGAGCCCCUGAACUUCUCGUGGGAGACACGAAGUACGGUUCCUCCGUGGACAUGUGGGCCGUGGGCUGUGUUUUUGCGGAGCUCCUGACGGGUCAGCCGCUCUGGCCAGGAAAAUCAGACGUGGACCAACUUUAUUUGAUCAUCAGGACACUGGGAAAACUCAUCCCAAGACAUCAGUCUAUCUUUAAAAGUAACCAGUUUUUCCGUGGCAUCAGCAUACCUGAACCAGAAGACAUGGAAACUCUUGAAGAAAAAUUCUCGAAUGUUCAGCCUGCGGCUUUAAAUUUCAUGAAGGGCUGUCUGAAGAUGAACCCAGACGACAGGCUGACCUGCGCCCAGCUGCUGGACAGCGCCUACUUCGACUCUUUCCGAGAGGAGCAAAUGAGAAGGAAAGCCCGCAGGAGGCGUCAGCAGAAUCAACUGUUGCCUCUUAUACCUGGAAGCUACAUCUCCCCCACACCUGAUGGAAGAAAACAAGCCCUCCAGUUAAAAUUUGACCAUCUCCCUAACAUUUAGGGAGCCUGUUCCUCCCGGUGCGCUCACUUACUAUGUAGAUAUUUUUGUACCGAGAUAGGAAUCCUCGGUGUUUCCAAUGCGAACGAGCAGUGUGAAAAUGAAGGUGCCCCCGGGAACCGAUUCGCUCUGAGGAUUCUGAUUCCUUUUCCCUGUGCCUUCUCCAUGCCAACUCCGUCUCCUAGAACAGUCUCUUUAAAUGCCGUAAUGCCAAAAUGGCACACACACGGAGGAGAAGCUUUCAAUUCCAUCAGAGUUGUGCUUCUUAGACACUGCAACUCGGGGCUUCCGCUUCGAUUUAGGGGAAGAUUUCCAUGCGUCAUCUCUCUUCAGCUGACUGUGUAACAUCCUGAGCAGAAGCAGAUCUGCUGGCUGCUGUCGACAGAGGGGACGACAUUGAGCUUCCACCCUGGAAGGUCUUCUCAGUGGAGCCCAGUCUUCUUGAUUCUGCAUUUACAUUGCUGGAGCAUGGCGAUCGUGAAAGGUGGUCUAGGUUUACCUAUUGACUCCAGGGAACACUCUGCUGUCUUUUUCUCGUGAGGCAUUGAUAAUUCUGCUUUUACAGCAAGUUAGAGAAAAUCCCAUACACGACCCAUAGCAGACAGACUACAAGGAAUCACCCACCACAUGACAGUAAUGUCCCGGAAUCACUGGCUGCCCACUCUAAGGCUGUCCCUGGGGCACCAUGCUUUCUUUUUCUUUUUCUUCUUUUUUAAUCUACUGGGGGCGGGG